CAUCGAUGUUUCUCUCUCUCUCUCUCUCUCUCUCUCUCUUCCUUCCUCUCUGAAAAAAAAACAAACCCAACCCAAUUAAAUAAACACAUUUCAUAAGUCUAUAGCUGCCAUUGUUAGUGAUUCCUCUGAUGGAUCUGGGCAACGUAAAUUGAAAACCUGGAAAAGAUUCACCAUGUUGUAUUCCAUUAAGAACAUUUGCGAUUUAUGGGAAGAAUCAAAAUAUUAACAUUAACAGGAGUUCGGAAGAAGUUGAUUCCAACACUCAUGAUGACUUUGAGGGGUUCAGGACUUCAGUGGAGGAAGUAACUGCAGGUAUGGUGGGAAAAAGAAAGAGCCAGAAAAUUAGUAGCCAGAAGAUAGGACUGAAUUGCUGAAAUCUCGUGAUGAGACAAAUGAGGAGUUACUUCUUACGGAUGAGCGAAGAAAGUGGUAUUUUGAGAUGGAAUCUACUCCUGGUGAAGACGCUGGGAAGAUGGUUGAAAUGACAACAAAGGAUUUAGAAUAUUCUAUAAGCUCAGUUGCUAAUGCAGGGGCAGGGUUUGAGAGGAUUGACUCCCAUUUUGAAAGAAGUUCUACUGUGGUUAAUACGCGAUCAAACAGCAUCACCUGCUGUAGAGAAACCAUUUGUGAAAGGAACAGUCAGUCAAUGUGGCCAACUUCACUGUUGCCUUAUUUUAAGAAAUUGGCCAGGCACUUUGGGAGCCGAGGGCUUCGGUGCAGAGGUGGCCAAGUCCAAGAACCACACCACGCACAACCAGUCCCGAAAAUGGCACAGGAACAGCAUCAAGAAACCCCCAUCACAAAGAUAUGAACCUCUUAAGGAGGUAGACCCCAAGUUCCUAAGGAGCAUGCACUUUGCCAAGAAGCACAACAAGAAGGGCCUGAAGAAGAUGCAGGCCAACAACGCCAAGGCCCCCAGCGCAUGUGCCAAGGCCAUCAAGGCCCUCGUCAAGCCCAAGGAGGUCAGGCCCAGUAUCUCAAAGGGCAGCAGCAGCAGCAAGCUCAGUCGACUUGCCUACAUCGCUCACCCCAAGCUUGGGAAACGUGCUCGUGCCCACAUUGCCAAGGGGCUCAGGCUCUGCCGGCCAAAGGCCAAGGCCAAGGCCAAAACCAAGCCCCAGGCUGUGGGUGCAGUUGCAGCUCAGGCUCCCGCUCCCAAAGGUGCCCAGGCCCCCACGAAAGCUCCACAGUAGAGGCCUCUGUCUGCCGAUGUGAUGUGAGGACGGAAGGACUGGUGGGACCUCUGGGUUGCUGUCUGCAUGGAGCUGGUGUCCUCCUUUGCUAUUUGAACAAAUAAACCUGAGGCAGGAUCUGUCAAAAAACAAGAAAUUGGCACAGCUGCCCCAGCCUUCCGCAGCCACCACGCUGGUCAGCCAGCAGCCAUCAACACUGAGGCAAGACCCUCCGCCAGCAAAAAGGUUAUGGCUCGCUGAGGGCUCAGAUGAAGCUUAGCAUUUUUUAGCAAUAAAGUAUUUUCUCAUUAAGGUAUGUACAGUACAUAUUUUUUUAGACAUAAUGCUAUUGCACACUUAAUAAACGAGAGUAUAGUGAAAACAUUUGUUUAUAUGCACUGGGAAACCAAAAACUGUGUGCGACUUGUGUUAUUGUAAUACUCGCUUUAUUGUGGUGGUCUAGAACCGAACGAACCUGCAAUAUCUCCAAGGUAUGCCUGUCCUGAUAAAGGUGGGGAAAUACCUGCUUUAACAUAU